AUGCAUGACCACUUUGUGCAGGUUCAGCAGCAUCAUCAUAUGGGACAGGUCUACUAUGAUCAUACGGGAUCAAGGGAGAAGAAGAAGGCACCGAUCCUGUCCUGUCCUUCAAGUGUUUCAACAGCCUUUGUGCCUCCUCCACACACCCGUUCUGUGGGGAUGAUGCACCAUAAGAGCUCCACCAUAAGCAGGGAACACUUGACUAAAGUUGUCAAGACCUGCGACGCGAGUCGGGGCAGCGAGUCGAACAACAUGAGCGCGCUUGUCGAGACAGAUCUGCUAACGCAGGGCUGCUUUUAUCACCCGCGUCAAGGUCGCAGCAGUGAAGACCAGGCUGUGUCAUCACCCUCGCCCAAGCGCGGCCGACACCAGGGACGCCACCCCCGUUCCUCGGCGGCUAGUGUAGCGCAUUCUGCACAACCCGAUGAAACACCGCAACAGCGACUUUUUAAGACUCUUUGGCGUUCCUACGAAACCAAGUUUGACACGCUUCUGGGAAGCAGCAACGACAGUGCAUUCCAAGCCAUCCUCGACUUUUUUCGGGCACAAUCGCAGCUGGAUGAGGCCCCGGAAAUUUCAACGGCCAUCGUCUUGACGGGCAUCAAUGUCCCCGACCAUGACGCCAUCUUUGCCCGCCUGACACAACAACUGCAUGAAUUGUCUCCUUACAUUGUAACCCUCAAAUCUUUUCAAUGUCAAAAUUUUGCCGGGGUUAUGAAGCGACUGGUGCAAGACCUCAUGUUUACCGAUGCCGAUGCCGAGGGCGAGGGUGGUGGGGGUGGCCCCGCAUCUGCGCGUCCGAAGCGAGCCAAGCUGGCCCGACUGCCCAACUAUGACUUUCAGGUUUUGCAAAAUUGGUAUUCUGCAGCGCGGGCUAGCCUGCCAAGCGGUCGCCGCCGUCCACUGAUUAUACAGCUCCAGGACUUUGAGGCUUUUGAUACGAUGUCAUGUCAACGCCACUUGAAGGAGCUGCCCUUUUUAUUUGUUCUGGGAGUUGCUUCGACUCCAGACGUUGUACCUAGACACCUUCCCCGAGCGGCCAUGACAUGCCUCAAUACCAAGAGUUUCCGUCUUCAGCACCCAGACCGUCUGCUGAAUGCUGCUGCAAGCGUGCUCAUCAGCGAGGAAACGCCUUUGAUUUUGGGUCCGCGGCCAUUGCGGGAGCUCUUGGACGCGUUCCUUUUCCAUACACUCUCCAUCAACAGCUUUCGGAUGCAGCUGAAACUUGCAAUCCACGAGCACACGGCUCGACUUGGCGACGACGUCGUUGACCGGCCCCUGCUCGACUUGGCCUUGCUUCCCGAUUUUAGUGCCCACUUGCGGAGUCAUUUGAGUCCUGAGAAAUUGGCUGAAUGCCUGAAGGAGCUCAUACAGCUGGUUGAGGCACGCAGCAACGAGCUUGAGCACUUGCAACCUGAGCUACAAAAGCCCAUGCAGCAGCUUUGCGAGGUCUUUGGUCAGAUUAUAUCCGAGCUUCUCACUGCGGACAAGCCCAAUGAAGAGACCCAAUCCGCGCCCAUGGCUGCAGAGGCUGGCGAUGAGGUCCCUAGUGAUGCUGCGAGUCGUGCCAGCGUCCAUGACGUCUUGAGUGGUACGGCAGAACCAGCACCCAAGCCAAAUCUCCUCAAGCGCUCCACCCUGCGCAGCUCUCUAAAGGGUCGCCCCACCGCUGGUACACGUGUGAAGCACGGUGUGGAGGCGAUGUUUGCGGCUCUUGACCACUUUAUGCGCCCUUGGCAUGAAGCGGAUCACACGGAAAACAGUGCCAUCACCGUGUCGAACAGUGUAACAGCUCUAUCUCAAGAACCUUUGCGGUCUUGUUUGCAUGAGCACUUGGCCUCGGCUGGACCUUUGCUCGGUCUCUCAAGCUCGUCUUUAGCGGCCAAAGCGGCCAGCCGUGCGCUUGAGGCUGGGGCCGAUCUGAGUGGACUACCGGACUUGAGUGUGGUAUACUUGUUGUACCUAGAAUCGGGCAAACUGAUCAACCUACGAGAUUGGAUGACGGCAUUUGUCGCGGCCGUUUCACCUGCGUCAGACGAUGCGGGACAGGACAACAUGUCUGGAGACGAUGACGAACCGACGGAAACUGCACAAGCUGCAGCGGAUUCCGAGGCAGAGAGUGAACGUUCAAUCCAGUUGCAGGUGCGCUUUGCGCGAGCAGUGGGCGAGCUGGAAUUUAUGGGCCUGGUCAAGAACACCAAGCGCAAGGCCGAUCACAUGCAACGCAUGACGUGGGGCCACAUUUAA